AGUCGCUCAGUGUUUCAGCUUCAGCUGCUUGUUAGGAUACUGGACUGCUGGUUUAAUCUGACUUGGACCUAUGAUACACCUCAAUCACAGAUUAGAAGGAUAACAGAUUAAUGACUCGAUAUGCCAACGGGAUCGGUGAAACUGCAAAGUAUAAAAAGACUAGGACAGGAAAACCACAGCUAUGAGGUUUCAGAUGAAGAACCAGCUGGCUCCUAUAUCAGGACAAUGACACAUUCCAAGAAGGGUGAAAAAGCUCAGAAAAAUGAAAAGCAACCAGCCAUAAGAGUCGGCUUCUUUCAGCUGUUCCGCUUUGCCACAUGCAAAGACGUGCUGAUGAUGGUGGUGGGUGCCGUGUGCGCGGUGCUGCACGGCUCGGCCCAGCCUCUCAUGCUGCUGGUGUUCGGCCUGCUCACCGACACCUUCAUCGAGUACGACAUUGAGCUGAAGGAGCUCAGCGAUGACCGGAAGGAGUGCGUGAACAACACCAUCCAGUGGAAGAAGAACUACACUGAAGCGUAUGACCUGACAGCGCCCCUGAACGAGUCCGGCUUGGGCCUCAUCAAUUCAACUUUAGAGAUGCUCGUACCGCUGAAGGGCAAGUCAUGUGGGCUUCUUGACAUUGAGUAUGAAAUGACCCUGUUUGCCUUCUAUUACGUUGGAAUUGGAGCGGCUGUGUUCGUGCUAGGAUACCUUCAGAUCUCCCUGUGGGUGAUCGCUGCUGCCAGGCAGAUUCAACUCAUCAGGAAAACGUACUUCAGCAAAGUGAUGAGGAUGGAGAUCGGCUGGUUUGACUGCACCUCUGUGGGGGAGCUCAACACUCGCAUGUCAGAUGAUAUAAACAAGAUCAAUGAUGCCAUUGCGGAUCAAGUUUCCAUAUUUGUGCAGCGCUUCACCACCUUUGUGUGUGGUUUCUGCGUCGGCUUUGUGAAAGGAUGGAAGUUAACGCUUGUCAUCAUCGCAGCGAGUCCACUGAUUGGGAUUGGUGCCGGGCUUAUGGCCCUGUUUGUGGCUAAGCUAACCGGGAUGGAGCUGGAGGCCUACGCUAAAGCUGGGGCCAUAGCUGACGAGGUCCUGUCUUCCAUCAGAACUGUGGCUGCUUUUGGAGGAGAGAAAAAGGAAGUGCAAAGGUACGACAGGAACCUGAUCUCAGCCCAGCGCUGGGGCAUCAGAAAGGGUCUGAUCAUAGGCUCUUUCACUGGAUUUAUGUGGCUGGUUAUCUUCCUUUGCUACGGUCUGGCCUUCUGGUAUGGCUCCACGCUGGUUGUGGACACUGGAGAUUACACACCAGGAACUCUACUGCAGGUGUUCUUUGGGGUUCUGGUGGGAGCCAUGAAUUUGGGGCAGGCUUCUCCGUGUCUGGAGGCGUUUGCGUCAGGCCGUGGAGCUGCUACAAUAAUCUUUGAGACCAUCGACAGAGAGCCAGAAAUCGACUGUUUCUCCGAAGCUGGAUAUAAGCUCGACAGGGUCAAAGGGGACAUUGAAUUUCACAAUGUGACCUUCCACUACCCAUCCAGACCUGAAGUGAAGAUCCUAGACCAGCUCAGUGUUGCAGUGAAGUCGGGGGAGACCACAGCCUUUGUGGGGCCAAGCGGAGCUGGGAAAAGCACUGCUAUUCAACUCAUCCAGCGCUUUUAUGAUCCUAAAGAGGGGAUGGUGACCCUGGACGGUCAUGACAUCAGAGGGUUGAACAUCCAAUGGCUGCGUUCUCUGAUCGGCGUAGUGGAGCAGGAGCCUGUGCUGUUCGCCACCACCAUCGCAGAGAACAUACGCUACGGUCGACCAGGUGUCUCAGAGGAGGACAUCAUCACUGCUGCAAAGGAGGCCAACGCGUACAACUUCAUCAUGGACCUGCCACAGAAAUUUGACACCUUAGUCGGGGAGGGCGGGGGCCAGAUGAGCGGUGGGCAGAAACAGAGGAUUGCCAUCGCGCGAGCGCUGGUCAGGAAUCCUCGUGUCCUGCUGCUGGACAUGGCAACCUCUGCUCUUGACAAUGAGAGUGAAGCUAUAGUGCAGGAAGCUUUGGAUAAAGUACGGAUGGGUCGCACCACCAUCUCCAUUGCUCACCGGCUGUCCACCAUAAGGAACGCUGAUGUGAUUGUCGGCUUUGAGCACGGCCGGGCCGUGGAGAGGGGUAAACACAAUGAGCUUCUGGAGAGGAAGGGUGUCUACUUCACACUUGUAACCUUGCAGAGUCAAGGAGACAAAGCUCUGAAUGAAAAGGCUCGGCACAUGGCCAGCCAUGAAGAACAGCCCGAGAGACUAAAGCUAUCCAGAGCAGGCAGCUACCGUGACAGUUUGAGAGCCUCCAUCCGCCAGCGGUCCCAAUCCCAGAUGUCGAACCUGGUCCCAGAAGCCUCUGUUCAUACAACUGGAGACAUCGCUGUCUCCCACAGAGAUAACUACAAGAAUACAAUCCUAGAAGAGGAUGACGAUGAAGUUGUGGCACCUGCUCCAGUUGCCAGGAUUCUAAAGUACAACGCACCUGAGUGGCCUUAUAUGCUUUUUGGAUCCAUUGGGGCUGCAGUAAAUGGGGGGGUCAACCCGGUCUACUCUCUGCUGUUCAGUCAAAUCCUGGCAACUUUCUCAAUACAAGAUCCUGUGGAGCAGAGGAAGGAGAUUAAUGGUAUCUGCCUGUUCUUUGUCAUGGUUGGCAUUAUCUCUUUCUUCACCCAGAUGCUGCAGGGUUAUGCCUUCUCUAAGUCUGGAGAGCUCCUGACCCGCAGGUUACGUCGACUCGGCUUCCAAGCCAUGCUUGGCCAAGAGAUUGGCUGGUUUGAUGAUCACAGGAACAGCCCGGGAGCUCUGACCACACGUCUGGCCACUGAUGCCUCACAAGUGCAAGGAGCUACGGGCUCGCAGAUCGGCAUGAUCGUCAACUCUCUGACAAACAUCGGCGUUGCACUCAUCAUUUCCUUCUACUUCAGCUGGAAGCUCACGCUGAUGAUCCUUUGCUUCCUGCCAUUCAUUGCUCUGUCAGGUGGCUUCCAGACUAUGAUGCUCACAGGUUUUGCCAAGCAGGACAAACAGGCCAUGGAAGCUGCUGGACAGAUUUCUGGUGAGGCCCUGAACAACAUUCGCACCAUUGCUGGCUUGGGGAAGGAGAAGAACUUUGUGUACAUGUAUGAGGCCCAGCUGGCUGCUCCGUAUCAUGCGGCCCUGAAGAAGGCGAAUGUAUAUGGACUUUGCUAUGGCUUUGCCCAGUGCAUAAUCUUCUUUACCAACUCGGCCUCCUAUAGGUUUGGAGGCUAUUUGGUGCAACAGGAAGGGCUCCAUUUCAGCUUGGUGUUCAGGGUCAUCUCAGCCAUCGUCACCAGCGGCACAGCGCUUGGGAGAGCCUCCUCUUACACGCCGGACUAUGCCAAAGCCAAGAUAUCAGCAGCACGUUUUUUCCAGCUGCUGGACCGCGUGCCUCAGAUAAACGUCUACAGUGACAAGGGAGAUAAAUGGGAUAACUUCCAAGGGAACAUUGAGUUCAUUGACUGCAAGUUCACCUACCCCACCAGGCCAGACAUCCAGGUCCUGAAUGGACUGAAUGUGAUGGUGAAGCCCGGCCAGACGUUGGCAUUUGUGGGCAGCAGUGGCUGUGGGAAAAGCACCAGUGUACAGCUGCUGGAGAGGUUUUACGAUCCUGACCGUGGCAAAGUGUUGAUUGAUGGCCACGACACCACUCGCGUCAACGUGUCUUUCCUGCGUUCCAAGAUUGGCAUUGUGUCCCAGGAGCCUGUCCUGUUUGACUGCAGCAUCGCAGAGAACAUCAAGUAUGGCGACAACUCACGAGAUAUCGGCAUGAACGAGGUCAUCGCCGCUGCAAAGAAGGCCCAGCUUCAUGACUUUGUCAUGGCCCUUCCUGAGAAAUACGACACCACCGUGGGCUCUCAGGGGUCUCAGUUAUCUCGUGGUCAGAAGCAGCGCAUCGCCAUCGCCAGGGCAAUCAUACGUGACCCUAAGAUCCUGCUUCUUGAUGAGGCCACCUCGGCCCUGGACACGGAGAGCGAGAAGACCGUGCAAGAAGCCCUGGACAAAGCCAGAGAGGGACGAACCUGCAUCGUCAUCGCCCACCGCCUCUCCACCAUUCAGAAUUCGGACAUCAUUGCCGUCAUGUCCAGAGGCAUUGUGAUCGAGAAAGGAGCCCACGACCAGCUCAUGGCCCUGAAGGGAGCCUAUUACAAGCUGGUGAAAACAGGAGCACCAAUCAGCUAACCGCUCAGGAAAACAGGAGCCAGUGUGUUGUUGGCAUUCUUACUGCUAUAAUGUUAAGAGAGGCCAGCACUUGAAGCAUGCCAUACUUUAAAUAGCAAAGUAUUUAGGAAAGUGGUAAGAAAUGGUUGGCUGGGCUGUUUAUUUCUAUUUAUUUUUGUGAGAGGAUCCUGUUAUGAUGACAGGAGCUACAGUGGCAUGAAAAAGUAUUUGCCCCCCCUUCCUGAUUUCAUAGUUUUGCACAUUUGUUACAGUUACAUGUUUCAGAUCAUUUUGAUAUUAGACAAAGAUAACACGAGUAAACAUAAAAUGUAUAGUAUUUAAUUUGUUAAGGGGAGAAAAAGCCUUCCUGGCCCAUUAUGAAAAAGUAAUUACCCUGCUUGUUAAAUCAUGAAUUAACUGUGGUUAACCACAUUUUGUAGAAAGCUGAGUUGAAUUUCACUGGACUCGCCCAGGCCUGAUUACUGGCAGAUUAGUUUAAUCAAGAAAUCACUUAAAUAGAACCUGUGUGACAAUGUGAAGCAGGUUAAAAGAUCUCAAAAAGCAACAGGUCAUGCCACGACUGAAAGAAGAAGCUGAGAAACACUCAUUGAUACAUAUGAGUCUGGAAAGGGUUACAAAGCCAUUUCUAAGGCUUUGGGAGUCCAGUGAAGCACAGUGAGAGACAUUAUCCACAAUUCACACCUUUUUGUGAGUGGCCGGCCAACCAAAUUUACUCCUACAAAAGAACCCAGAAAAACAUCUAAACAACUGCAGGCCUCACUUGCCUCAGUUAAGGUCAGAGGUCAUGAUUCAACAAUAAGAAAGGCAUCCAUGGGAGAGCUCCAAGGCAAAAACCACAGCUGACCAAAAAGAACAAAAGGCUCGUCUCACAUUUACCAGUGAACAUCUGAUGGUCCCCAAGGUCCCCACUUAUUCUGUGGAAUAAGUAAAGUAAACUUUUUGGAAGGUUUGAGUCCCGUUACAUCCGCAAAUCCACCUCUGAAUGACUCAAAAAAGCACACUGAAGGUUUUGGAGCGGCCGAGUCAAAGGUCAGACUCAAAUCACAUUACGAUGCUUUGGCAUGACCUCAAGCAGGCCGUUCAUGCUCGAAAACCAUGCAGUGUGGCUGAAUUAAAACAAUUCAGCAAAGAAUAGAAUAGAAUGCCUUUUAUUGUCAUUAUACAGGAUGUACA